AUGGAUCAGGAAGAACGUUUACGCUUAAUACAGUUGCUAGACUCAGAUGGGCCAAUAGCUGAGGAUUUAGUUUCCAUUCUUCAAAACAAUGUGGUGUAUUUUAUACCGAGAAUAAGGUCGAUUCAGAUGUUGCAGAAAAUGGUCAGUUCCACAUUCGAGACGAAGACUUGGGUCAAUAUGGAUCCCUUGAGACUGUAUGAGAUGGGUCUAGGUAUAUCGAGCUGGAAAUUGGAAAUUUCUGAGCCAUUCAUUUCCUUAAAUGAUUUUUAUGACAUUUGGGAUAAGUGCUUUAUGACUACUAGAAACUGGACAAUCCCAAAAUUAGCCAUUCUUACGGGAUUAUUGGCAAGCAAGACAAAGUUUAUGGAACUGCAGCGUAGUUUCUUUGUUGAUGCCAGUGGAAACAUCCGAAGACUGUAUGAAAGAUGGAAAGCUGUAUAUUUUUCCAAUGUAUGGUGCCAGUUUUUCCGGCGACAUGAAAACUCAUAUGAGACAUGUAAACCUCUGAUUGUUCUUUAUUCCACAAUUGCAUCAGAUAAUGAUGUUGACCUGCUGAGGAAUAUUUCAUGGGAUUCAGUAACUUUGUCAUUGGUACGGGUUAUAACCGAUUAUAUGCAAUCCACUUCUCAGAAACAUGAUCCCUUCCUCUCGAAAAACUUGAAUUUCAUCGCCAAUGCAUUGCAGAUUUCAUUGAAACGUACCAGUGAACAAAGAAUUUUUCACUGUAUAUGCCAGUUGAAAAGGGCUUCUAUGGCAUUAUGUUAUAGAGAGUUACAACAGACCUUUCCAGACGCAAGCUAUUCGACGAAAUUUUACAGUGACAUAUUAAUAACGAUAGUUCUGACACUGAGAGGCUCUUUAGAAGCACGAACCGUUCUCCCAGGUAUAUGGUGUUCGGAAAUACUGUCCUGUUUAUACAACCUUAAUUUCAUUGCUUUGGAUUUUGGUACCGUUGGAUUUUAUUCUUAUGAAUUAAUUUAUCAGAUAUGUAUAAGUGGUAUCACGAUGACAAGAGAAAUUUCGUAUUAUAUUGCUUUUCUCAACUUUAUGAAGAAUGAGAUUUUAAUGUCGAAGGUUCAAAAUAAAAUACACAAUUCGAAGAUAUUAUUUUUACUAAGUUUCCUCGAAAAGACAGUUUCAAUGCUUCCUGCCCUUGAUAGAGGGUUUAUUACAAGUUUGAUUGAUCCAGUUAGUGUACAGUAUCUCAAUUCAAACAACAAAGACAUUCGCGAAGCUGCUCACUCUGUGAUGCUUUCAUUAUAUACCGCAGAAGCGCAUAAUACUAAUUUAAUUAACUGGCAAAGCGAGAACUUUUUAAACUAUUUAAUGAUAUCCAUUGAUCAUUUUUUGAAUAAUAGUCUAGAAGAGAGGCAACUGCUAAUGAUUUUUGACAGAAUCUGUGCUACAUUACCUAGACUACAAGUAAUGAACAAUAAUAUCUUAUCGCAAUGCCUUCAAAUGACGUAUUCCAAGUUCCUCACAAUUAAUUCGUGUGACAGUGAACGAAAAAAAGUCUUACUCAAGUGCAUAAUUUAUCAGAUACUCUAUCUUCAGGACAACGAAAUCUGCGAGUGGCUCGACAAAUGUCUGGAAUUAAUAAAAUCCUCAAGCUUGCACCCUUCGCAACAAGAUGAAGUCAUAGCAUCCAUGUGGGAAAUGAUAUCCUUAAGUAAGUCAGAUAUUGCAAUACAAUGGUGGUACACUCAUAAGGUACAGAUGGAUUGCAAAUUAUAG